AUGGAGGUGGCGAUUGCUGCACCCGAAGACUCACCAUGGAGUGUGCGUGAGAAAGGCAAGGACAAGCAGUACGACGCAUACUGGAGGCUAGACUGUCCCACUUCCGGGACGACGGUUGAGGCGUUUUGGCCAGACUUCCGCUGCUGGCUGAAGGCAAAGUUCGUCCGAGUGAACGCAGACGGCAGCUUCUGCGUUCAGUGGAAGUCAGACGGUACAACCAGCAUUCUCAAGGAGGACUUCGUCCGCCGAGUCGGCGACGUCUCCAAGCCGGAGCCUGCGCAGCAAUCCAAAGGGCUUUUCGACCCCGAGAAGACGAGCCCCGAUCUGAUGCGCCUUCUCAGGCUGUCGCGACCAAAGUGGAGCGACCGAGACGUCUACGCCGCAGCCGAGAAGCUGCGAAGCAUUGACAUUCUGGAGGUGAAGGAGCUCCAUGCUGCCAUCGAUGCGGAGCUGGCAGGUAACUCAGAGGGCGUGAAUCAACGCUUGGGGAGGAAAGGCCUCCGCAUGUUUGCCGAGGUGUCUCUUCGCGCCUUACGACGAGGGCCGCGCGUGGAGCAUGUGGAGCCAGAGGCAGAGGAGAAUCAGCCUCCGACGCCACAGCGUGCGCCCACGAAGCCCGGCAAGGGAGCCUUCUCCCGGCGAGCGCUGCAGCCGCAGCAGGUCUUCUCGCACGAAGACGUCUCUGACAUCAAGGAAGAGACGAAGGACACGGAGACUUUGGGAGGUCUCAAGACAGGCUUCCUGCUUGGGGAGUCCGCGGAGCCCCUCAAGGCGGAGCCCAGAGAGGUCAACUCCCGAUCCAAGUUUACUUGGAAGCGCGGCGGCCCAUCUGCAAGGCAAGCUGAAGUCGAAGAGAAGAUGGAGGACGACGACUUCCAGAAAGGAGACGAGAUCUUCGUCAAGCACCGGCAGGAUUUUCGGAUGGCCCGAGUAUCCAACGUGGGCUCCGGGAUCUUCCGUAGCGUGGAAGUGCCUCAAUCCGACCGCUUGGGGAGGAAACGAUCAGAAGGCCCUCUGGCCGAAGGCGUCCCCCCAACGCAACCGCCACCAUUCUCUUAG